CAAACCAAUCAGCGGCGUCCGGAGUCUCGAGCUGUGGUGCUCGCUCUGCCAGCAGCAGCAGAAAGGCUGCUUAUCAAAGAAACGCACAACUGGAGAGACCCAUUCACUCACAGCCUCUAACCAUGGGUCCUGCCUGCUUCUCCUGGGAAGUCUGUUUGCUUUUCCUCCUCAUAAAUACUUUAGAUGUCAUGGGAAAUGUUGGAGUCCCAGAUGCUGACGAGUGCUCUGAAGCCACAGACGACUGUCACAUCGACGCUCUCUGCCAGAACACUCCAAAGUCCUUCAAGUGCAUCUGCAAGACCGGUUACAAAGGAGAUGGCAAGCACUGCGAAGACAUUGACGAGUGUGAAAACGACUACAAUGGUGGAUGUGUUCACGACUGCAUUAAUAUCCCUGGGAACUAUAGGUGCACUUGCUAUGAUGGAUUCAUGCUGGCAGACGACGGGCACAACUGUCUUGACGUAGACGAAUGUCUGGACAACAACGGCGGAUGUCAGCAGAUCUGCGUCAACACUAUGGGCAGUUAUGAGUGCCAGUGUAAAGACGGGUUCUUCCUGAGCGACAACCAGCACACCUGUAUCCAUCGCUCCGACGAUGGGAUGAACUGUAUGAAUAAGGACCACGGUUGUGCCCAUAUCUGCAGAGAAAUUACCAAAGGCGGAGUGGCGUGUGAGUGCCGGCCAGGGUUUGAGCUGGCCGAAAAUCAGCGCGACUGCAAAUUGACAUGUAACUAUGGAAAUGGUGGUUGCCAACACACGUGCGACGACACUGACGUGGGGCCCAUUUGUGGAUGCCAUCAGAAAUAUGCCCUGCAUUCAGACAGCAAGACCUGCAUUGAGAAAGAUGAGGCUGCAAUUGAGAGCUCUGAAUUCAAUACCACGUCAGUAGCUGAUGUGGACAAGCGGGUGAAACGUCGUCUACUUAUGGAGACCUGUGCGGUGAACAACGGCGGCUGCGAUCGCACUUGCAAGGACACGGCGACUGGUGUCCGCUGCAGUUGUCCCGUGGGCUUCACCCUUCAACCCGAUGGCAAAACCUGCAAAGAUAUUGACGAAUGUUUGGAGAAUAAUGGGGGUUGCGAUCAUUUCUGUCGUAAUACUGUGGGCAGUUUUGAGUGCAGCUGUCAGAAAGGACACAAACUUCUGACCAAUGAGCGCACCUGUCAAGAUAUUGACGAGUGCUCCUUUGAGAGGACGUGUGAUCACGUCUGCAUCAACUACCCUGGUAGCUUUGAGUGUGUUUGCCACAAAGGCUACAGUCUCUAUGGCUUCACACACUGCGGCGAUAUUGACGAGUGCAGCAUCAAUAACGGAAGCUGUGAACACGGCUGUGUGAACACACCGGGCAGUUACGAGUGUGUGUGUCCUCCUGGACAAAAGCUCCACUGGAACAAGAAAGACUGUGUUGAGGCGGUAAAAUGCCUCCAGAAUGGAAAACCGCCACCACGUGCUCAACUCAGCUGCACUAAGACAGGUGGAGGAGAGGUGUGUUCACUUUCCUGUCCAUCAAACGCACUCUUUCUAGCAGACUCAGAAAACAGUUAUACACUGAGCUGCGGUGUACCUGUCCAGCCAGGUAAAGCUCCACUGAAGAGAAACAUCACAACUUCCAGCAGCAGCUCCCUGCAAACCUGCACAGAGAUGCUGGCGCAGCCUGUGAAGCAGAAAGCCCGCUUUAAGAUCAAAGACGCCAAGUGCCACAUGAGACCCCGCAACAAGGAGAAACACAGAGACAUGGGGAAGCAGGGCCUUCAGGCUGGCCAGUUCCCUUGCACAGACGACUGUCAGGUAACAUUUGUGAAUCUGAAGUGCGACUCUUCCAAAAAGCGCCGUAGGGGCCGGAAAUCUCCCUCAAAGGAAGUCUCGCACAUUACAGCAGAGUUUGAGAUGGAAAUGAAAGAAGAAGAAGCCUCAGAAUCAUGCAACUUGGACUGCGUUCGCGAGAAAACCAAACAGCGAUUACAGAACGCCAUGCGCACACUAAGAAAGUCCAUCAGUAAGCAACAGUUCUACAUCCAGUUUUCUGGCACCGCAUAUGAAGUUGCCCAGCAUGCUUUACGACAUACGACUGAAGGAGAUGAAACCUGCAGUAUAGGACAGGUCUUUACCGAUGGGAAGUGCGUCAGCUGCGUUGUGGGAACAUUUUACAGUGGAGAACAGGAACAGUGCGUCAUGUGUCCUCUUGGAACCUAUCAAGACAGGGAAGGCCAGCUGUCCUGCGAGCCCUGUCCCAGAACUGAAGGACAGGGCAUCGCAGGAGCCAAAAACGUCUCUGAGUGCGGAGGUCAGUGUCCAGCCGGUCAGUUCUCUUCUGAUGGUUUCCGCCCAUGCCAACCAUGUCAGCUGGGCACCUUCCAGCCUGAGCCAGGCCGUGUGCUGUGUUUUCCCUGUGGCGGAGGACUCAUGACUAAACACACCGGCAGCACAUCAUUUAGAGACUGUGAAGCCAAAGUUCACUGUGCUCUUGGCCAUUAUUAUAAUGCCACCACACAUCGGUGCAUCCGCUGUCCAGCUGGUACCUAUCAGUCUGAAUCCGGACAGAACUACUGCAUCACCUGCCCUGGAAACACCACUACAGAUUUCGACGGCGCUAACAACGUGUCUCACUGCAAAAAUCAGAUAUGUGGUGGAGAGCUGGGCGACUUCAUGGGCUACAUCGAAUCUCCGAACUAUCCCGGUGACUAUCCAUCUAAUGUGGACUGCGUCUGGACCAUUAACCCUCCAAACAAAAGGCGGAUCCUUAUUGUUGUACCAGAGAUCUUCCUCCCCAUCGAGGAUGAGUGCGGGGAUGUUCUCGUCAUGAGGAAGAGUGCCCUGCCCACUUCCAUUACAACUUAUGAGACCUGCCAAACUUAUGAGCGACCGAUCGCCUUCACCUCCCGUUCACGCAAACUGUGGAUCCAGUUUAAAUCCAAUGAGGGUAACAGUGGAAAGGGAUUUCAGGUUCCAUAUGUCACUUAUGAUGAAGAUUACCAGCAACUCAUAGAAGACAUUGUUCGAGACGGUCGACUAUAUGCCUCAGAAAACCAUCAGGAGAUAUUAAAAGAUAAGAAGCUGAUUAAAGCUCUGUUUGACGUACUGGCUCACCCUCAAAAUUACUUUAAAUACACUGUGCAGGAAUCAAAGGAAAUGUUCCCACGUUCCUUCAUCAAACUGCUACGUUCCAAAGUCUCAAGGUUUCUACGGCCGUAUAAAUAGAAACCCGAAACUCUGAUCCACGACUUUCUUUCCUCAUCUCUCUUCCACCUCUUUUUCUCCACUAGCUUUCAGAAGGCCUCACUACUGCAAGAAGAUAAAGACAUUUGGCCUUCUUUCUCUCUGAGAUUUGUCCCCUUUUUUGUCUUUGUUUGCUAUAAUUUAUGUGCUCGAUUUUGCGAAAGCCCUUGUUGGAUGUUUGAUAUCUACAGUAUAUAUAUAUUUGUAUAUGUAUGUAUUUAUAUAUGUGUGUGUGUUUGCGUGUACAAAAUAUGAUGUGCAAGUUUAUGGCAUAGUAGUAGGACACAAACAGACACACACAGAUAUAUAUUCUUGUUUCAAAAACGUCAUUUUCAUGCCCCUGAUGUGCACAAGGGGUUUCAAUAUGGAGCCAGAUCAGUCUCAAAAAUAAGCAUUUACAAAUAUAAUUCAUACGUUCUAGACAAUUUGUAAAUACAUGCAAAAACAUGUAUUUCAUGAUUCAUAUAUAACACAAAUCCAAGUCGUGAAUUAAAAAUUAUGAUUCAUAAAUACUCAAAUCCAAUUCAUAAAUUCAAAAUAAGAUUCAUAAAUACUCAAAUCCAA